AUGACGCCAACCGGCCUUCUCCAAGGCAAAACGGCGGUUAUCACUGGCGGUACAACCGGCAUUGGCCGAGCUAUCGCCCUCGCCUAUGUCGCGCAAGGCUGUGAUGUGGCAGUCAAUCAUCUUGACUUACCAAAGGACAAGGCCCAUCUAGAGUCUCUGCUUGCUGAAGCUGCUGCCGUGAAGAAAAGGAACCCCUCUGCUGGUCGACUCGCUUACUUACCUGGCGAUGUUAGGGAUCCAAGCUCGGGACGGCAGCUGAUCGAGUUUGCUUUGAGGGAGUUUGGCAAAGAUCGGUUGGAUGUGUGUGUUGCAAACGCGGGGAUCUGUACCUUUGCAGAUUUAUUGGGGGAGGAAAGCGAGGAUGAGGAAGGCCAUGAGGAAGAGCAUGAGGGAACCGUGAAGGUCAGUGGCCAUAACGGGGCCAAUAUGUACUCAACCGGUGUCAACGGCAACUCCCACAGAGUCAACGGACGGUUGGACUGGGUCAACGGCUACACAAACUGCCACAAGAACGGCUCCUCUCAUCACAGAAUCGCUCCGCUAACCCUCGAUCUCUACACCAACACCGUCCGUACCAACCUCGACGGCACCUUCUACCUCUUGCGCGCUGCAGCCCGCCAAAUGGCCCUCAAACAACAUCCCCCCGGCGGCUCCAUCAUCGGCAUCUCCUCCAUCUCAGCCCUUGUCGGCGGCGGCCACCAAAUUCACUACACCCCCACCAAAGCCGGCGUCCUCUCCCUCAUGCAAAGCGCUGCUGUGGCGCUGGGCCGACACGGCAUCCGGUGCAAUGCCAUCUUGCCUGGUACUGUGUACACACAGUUAAACGAGGAAGAUUUGAGAGAUGAAGGGAAGAGGGCUUACAUGCAGGGGAGGAUACCGCUGGGGAGAAUUGGAGAACCGAGGGAUGUGGCGGGCCCGGCGGUGUUUUUGGCCUGUGAAGAGUUGAGUGGGUAUGUGACGGGAGCGCAAGUGCUUGUGGAUGGGGGACUGUUUGUGAAUCUGCAGUAA